GAGAGAGAGAGAGAGAGAGAUUUAUCUAUACUGUAUAUAUUUAUAUGUAUAUAUUUAAACAUUCCAGUCUGAUCAGUGUAAGUGGGGCGAAAAGGGGGGCGGCGUCGGUUCCUCCCCCCCCUUUGCUUCUCCUCUCUCAUUUCUCUCUCCCCAUCCGGUCUUUCGCUGCCUCGGUGUGCCCCUCUAGAAAGGAUCCGGGGAUCAGAGAGGAUCUGCUGAGCUUCCCAGGAUCCAAAAUGCACAGGACCACCAGGAUAAAAAUCACAGAGCUGAACCCACACUUGAUGUGCGCUUUGUGCGGAGGCUACUUCAUUGAUGCCACAACCAUCGUGGAAUGCUUACACUCUUUCUGCAAAACCUGCAUCGUCCGUUACCUGGAGACGAACAAAUAUUGCCCGAUGUGCGAUGUCCAAGUGCAUAAAACAAGGCCACUCCUCAGCAUCAGAUCAGAUAAAACCCUACAGGACAUAGUCUACAAGCUGGUACCAGGACUUUUCAAAGAUGAAAUGAAGAGGCGGCGUGAUUUCUACGCAGCAUACCCUCUGGCAGAUGUUCCUAAUGGAUCCAAUGAAGACCGGGGAGAAGUUUCGGAACAGGAGAAAGGGAACUUGACAGAUGAUGAAAUUGUCAGCUUAUCCAUAGAGUUCUAUGAAGGAAUCAGAGAAGAAAACAAAGGGUCUGUUGAGAAUGGGAACAUGGAGAAAGACAAGAAGAACAGCAUGAGAUUCCUCCGCUGCCCUGCCGCUAUGACGAUCAUGCAUCUGGCUAAGUUCCUCCGCAACAAGAUGGAUGUUCCCAGCAAAUAUAAAGUGGAAGUUCUCUAUGAAGAUGAACCUCUGAAGGAAUACUAUACCCUAAUGGACAUAACUUAUAUCUAUCCUUGGCGACGGAAUGGCCCUCUCCCUCUGAAAUACCGUGUCCAGCCGGCCUGCAAGAGGCUAAAACUCUCCUCCCAGCUCCCCAACUCCGAAUGCACCAACACCAGCGGCGCGUCAGAGUGCGAGUCCGUCAGCGACAAGGCAAACAGCCCGGCCACGUUGCCAGCCACCACUUCCUCUUCGUUGCCAAGCCCUGCCACCCCUUCCCACGGCUCGCCCAGCUCCAACACCACCACGGUGAGCAUCCCUGCCAACCCUGCGCCUGGGACCAUGCUCAACGGCACUUCGAACUGCCACCAGAUGCAACCCUUGGCCAGCAGGGGGCGCAAGGCGAUGGUAAAUGGCGGCCCCACCAUGUCGGCUUUGACUUAAAGGGACGGGACACCUUUUUCUUUUUCUUCCUUCUCCUUGGCUGGAUCUCGAGUUUUAUAAAUAAGUAUAUUAUGUGUAGAUAAGGGCAGCGGACGGGUGGGGUGGGUGGUGGGUGGGGAAAUUAUACAUACUUAUUUUCUAUCAAUCGACCUGAUUUAAUUUAAGAAGAAAAAAAGGCAAAAAGAGACAAAAAAAUCCGAUGUGUCCUCCCCCUUUUUUAAUUUUAAAAAAGCAAAAAAAAAAGUGCUCCUGUAACUGCAUGAUGUCAUCUGUGUUAAAGCGGCAGCCCCUUCCUGUUAAAAAUUGUUUUAUUAUUUGUGCCCUCUGUUUGUAGUCAGAUUUAAUGCACAGUCCCUGAGAGAGAAAAACGCACAGUCCCGAAUCAGGCAGGCUUCCUGUCUUAGAAGCACACGUGGCUUUCUCAUGGUUUCUUUGUCCUGUGACUGAAGCCUCUCCCCUUAUGCGCCAUCACGGAAUC